GUGAGGGAGUGGAGGCCGGCGGCAGCCCCACGGCCGCUGCUACGGGCGGCGGCGGCUAGGAGCAUGUCAGCCCCGGCGGCAGUGGCGGGCAACAAGCGGCGGAAGGGCGCACAGCGGGAGGAGAAGGGCGAGGGGGAGGACGAGGGGAUGGCGGCGGCAGCAGCGGCUGGUGGCCCCCGGCCCAACCGCGGUGAAGAGGAGUUUGAGCGGCAACUGCAGAUGGCCCUGCUCGCUACCGGCAGGGAGGCGGAGGCGGCAGCGGCAGCAGCAGCAGCGGGGUCAUCCAAGGCAGCGACUCUGAGUGUUCGUCCCGAGGUGGUUGUCAACUGCUGGGCGGAGGUGUACUGCGGCAGUGCGGAGAGGGGGCGCUGGGUGGCGGUGGAUGUGGUGAACGGCUACCUGGACCGGCCGGAGCUCAUAGACAGCGCCACCUUCCGACCCACCCCCGUCUGCUACGUGGUGGCGGCGGAGCGGGGGCGACUGCGGGACGUCACCCCGCGCUACUGCGCCAGCCUGCUAGCCGCCCGCCGCAACCGGGAUGAGGGCUGGUGGGGGCAGACGGUGCAGAGGCUGGAGGCGGGGCGGCAUGGGCGGCUGGCGGGGGUGCCGGAGAGGGAGAGGGAGGAGGGGGGUAAGGAGGUGGGAGGAGGAGGAGGAGGAGGAGCCAAUAAGGCAGGCGGAAGCGGCGCUGUUGCCGUCGCUAAUGGUGGAGGUGGGGCAGGAGUUGCAGCAACAGGGGGAGCAGGGCGGGCUGCCCCCGCAGCAGCAGCAGCUGGCAGCGGUGGUGCCCCGCCCCGUAUCAUAGAUGCCCGGCUGUCCCACCAGCGGGGGGAGGUGCAGCACCCAAUGGGGCCGCAUGCAGCAGCGGCAGCAGCAGCAGUCCGGGGGGUGACGGCGGCGGCAGCAGCACCUGCGGGGCCGGCAGCAGCAGCAGCAGCAGGCAGUGGCGGUGGCGGGGGCGAGCAGCUGCGCGCUGCUCGCGAGUCCGCCGAGCUGCGGCAGCGGGGUGCGGUGCAGCUGGCGGGGCUGCCCACCAGUGUGGAGGGCUUCAAGGGGCACCCGGCGUACGUGCUGAAGCGGCAUAUCGGCAAGUAUGAGGCCCUGCACCCCGGCACCGCCCCCCUGGGACUGCACCGCGGAGAGCCCUACUACCCGCGGCAGCAGCUCAGUGUGCUGCACACGGCGGAGCGCUGGAGGAGGG